AUUACACAUGUAUUAAUGGUUGCAUAUCUCCCAUCAUAUGUCGCUUAAUCCGGUUGGCGGCCCUGCCAAUCUGUCACCUGUCAAGUUAAACCCCCCGACAUUCCCAUUUUUUGUGGUUAGGUCGUGCGAACCGGCGCUUUUCUUCCCAUUUCUCCAAAACAACACAAUGUCGGUGCACACCACCCUCCUGGACUUCUCAGUGGACCCGUCCGCAGUGAAAAACGAGUCUCAAGUGUCAGUAGUGUGUUCAAAUAUCGAAAACGUCCUACGCGAGUACCUCACGAACCUGAAGACCCUGGCCACCAUCCCCUUCGAGACCGACCUGCUCAAGCUGUACUCGAGCGACGGCGGGGUGUCGGCGACGCUGCGCGUCUUCCAGACGGGCCUCAUCACCCUCAACAUCGAGUACCUGAAGGCGGAGUCCCAGGAGGCGCAGCUGAGCUUCGAGCGGACCAAAGUUUUAGAGCAGAAAUUGCGAAUCGUUUUAAAUUGUUUCCGAUCUAAACUCCUUCCUCCGAUUAAGCGAGGGACACACAUUGAUGUGUAUAUACUUAGCUCAGAUGACCGCUUGCUAGAGUACGACAUCGACGAACUAGUGUUCGAAGAGAGGACCCCAUAUCAGAAGAUACAGAUCGUGCACUCGAAGAGCUUAGGCAACAUGCUGGUGCUGGACGACUUACAGAACAUAUCCGAGGCCGACUUGAUCUACACGGAGACGCUGAUGGGGCGCGGGCUGGAGGACUACAAGGACAAGGAGAUCGUGAUCCUGGGCGGCGGCGACGGGGCGCUGCUGUACGAGCUGCUGAAGGAGAAGCCGAAGGAGGUGAUCAUGCUGGAGAUCGACGAGGUGGUGAUGAAGGCCUGCGCGAAGCACAUGCGCUCGAUCUGCGGCGACGUGCUGGACAGCCUGUCGGGACCUAACUACGAGAUAAUCGUAGGCGACUGCAUCAAAGCCGUCGAACAAUACAUCAAAGAAGGCCGCAAGUUCGACUACGUCUUCGGCGACCUGACCGACGUCCCCCUCUCCGAGAGCCCCACUGGCGAGCUCUGGGAAUUCAUCAACAAAAUCCUGAGCAUGUCUUUCAAAAUCCUGAAGCCCGACGGGAAAUUCAUGACACACGUGAUCGGCUCGGCGGCCGGAGACGCCCUCAAGAUGUACGAAACCCAACUCAUGAAGCUACAACCCCCCGUCAAGUUCACCACGUCGCACGCUUUCAUUCCUUCGUUCCUCGAAGACUGGGUUUUCUACCAGGUCUUCUUCGACACGAAACAAUAACCGAUUCUUUCCUUUAGAUUUAUGGUUAGAUUUGUCGUUGGUAGGUAGUAGGAGAAGAUCUGUACAUACAUGCUUCCGUUUGCAUGCCUGUUCAAGUUUGUUUAUUUACGUUAAUUAAUAAUUCGGUUUGUUUUUCAUAGUGGGUAUUUUUGUAACUUCUCGGAUUGAUUAGAAAAUAAUAAUAAAUUGGAUUCACGUAA